CACCAUAUCAACCGCCAGGAUCAGACAGAUCUCCACAACACUCGAUGAGCCAGCGGUAGCUGAGGGCCAGGGCCGACAGUCACUCUAGGCAUCAGGGAGAGAUGCGAAACAACUUAGAAGGGGUGGGUCAUGGGCGGGGAAAUGCUAUGUCAGUUCGACCCACACAGCCUUGUCAUCUUUGCGACAUGCGACUACUGGCCAGUCGUUAACGAGGUGCGGAAGGGAAGGGAAUGAUCGUCCAAGGCCGCUCGUCUGCUCGACUAUUCGCUCCUGAAACGUCGAUACUUUCUUUCACGUUCUCUCUUCAAUUGCUUCUCUCUCAUCUGGGGGGCCAUGUCAUUCCCAAUGUGCGCCAUCCCGGAUUGUCCUCGCCUAGCCCUCCGAAGUCUUGGUCUCAGUAGCCAGAUCUGUCCCACUUGUAACAAGAGCUAUUGUAAUAUUCACGCAGAAACCCCUCGCUUUCAUAUGUGUCCCUAUCGCCGUUCGGAACAGACCUUUGCCUUUCAAGAUGCUGUCUCUGCAGAGCAAGAGAAGCAUCUAUGGCUUCGUCUGACACGAUCUCAACUCGUCAAAGAAGCUGAAGCUCUUCGUCCUGGACACGCUUGUAAAGGACCCGACGUAUACUCGAGUUGGAACAGAAGCCGGAUCUUCCUUGGAGGCUCCAACGUCCACAUACUUCUCAACUUUGAUGACGGUGUGCGAUGGGUAGCCCGAGUCCGGCGAGAACGUCAUUACUCCCCAGUGAGAGAGGUCACUUGGCUCAACAUGCUUAGUGAGUUGGCGACCGUACAGACAUUAGCAGCGGCAGGAGUGCCGGUUCCGAACGGUCGGCUUCCUCCUUCAGGACGAGAUUACUUUGUGGACGGGCAGCCGAAAGACGAAGAGAUCCGACGCGUUAGCUCUGGUGGUCAAUCUCAUCUCUGGCCCGUACCUGAAAUUGCCAGACUGGAUCCCGAAAACAUACGACCACGCUGUAUGAAGGGUCUGGCGGAAUGGUACCUGAAGUUGGAGCGUGUGACAUUUGACAAGGUGGGAAGUCUACAUUUCGAAAAUACAAUUGGGUCAAGCAGGGCUGUUGUGGGACCUCUGACAAGCCGUCAUCCUGCACAUCCCGAGCGACCAUGGUUUCUUGGACCCUUCAAUAACCCACAAGAACGAUACCUAUGUAUCAUUGACUACAUACUCAAUCUCAUCGAGAAAGGCGUACACAAUGUGCCAGCGACCGCGGUACAAACGUACCUUGCAUACCGAGAAGCGCGGGAUUUGGUUGAGGGAUGCGAGGAGAUGAAGACCGGACCGUUCUUCAUCAAACAUGGAGAGGAGAAAGGUGAUCACUUUUUAUUUGAUCAGGAAUGGAAUGUGACAGCAGUGAUUGAUUGGGAAUGGUCGUACAUUUCUCACAAAGAGGAAGUAUUCCAAGCACCCUCUUUCUUUCGUCAUUUGGAUUUCCGACUCAAAGGUCUCAAUCAACCUUCCGAGUCAGAACAAGAAUACGCAGAAGUUUUUCGAAGGCUGAAUCGACCGGAUAUCGCCGACUGUAUCUUAUUCGGCUGUCGGAAAUACCAAAGACUGGAAGAUCUGCUCAUUCAUGAUUUUCAGUUUGUUCAUUGUCUCAACGCUAUGCGACGCGCCUUUACUAAACUCCCUGACGAUCAUGCAGCCGCUCAGCCAAAUACGAUCUCAGCCUGGAGGGAAGCGGAGAAGAGAAAGCGUGAGGGAGAUCCUGUGCUGUUGAGAUUGUUGACAGAGGAAGCAGCCUGGGAGACGGGGCAAGCAGAGAGAGAUGCAAAUCUUCACGAAUUUCACCAAUGGGAGAUCGAAGUCGAAACCCGUACCGCGCAAAUUCAAAAUCGCCCGCCAUGCUCGAUCGACCCGCCGUCACUCGCCAGCCUAAAGAGAAGUGACAAGGUGUCGUUUUAUCUUUCUGGUCGUUUGGUUGCGGAUGUAUAUGCUUUCGGCUACUCGAAUCGAGCAGGCUUCUUCACUUCAGCGCCGGAGCCAUGA